AUGGCUGAAGAUGGUUGUGUAAGGUCGGUGGCUAUAAUUGGUGCGGGAGCAGCUGGCGCCAUAACUGCAGCCGCAUUUGCGGCAGAGGAGUAUUUUGAGAGGAUACAGGUUUUUGAGAGGAGAGAGAGUGCUGGUGGGACUUGGAUAUACGACUCCUCACCUCCUUCUAAGUUGCCACUCAAACCCGGAAGUUUACCACCAGAGUUGGAUCCCUCGCUUCCUGUACCAAAUAAUCUCCCUGAGAUUACGUCCCCGAACGAGCAGGAAAGGUUUACUCAAACUCCGAUCUACUCUUCCCUCACGACAAACGUCCCAGCAAUCGCAAUGCCCUUCUCUGACCUCCCCUUCGCCUACGGCCCAUUCGUGCCCCACCACAUCCCGAAACAAUACAUCGAAUCCUACUUCGCCUAUCACAAAAUAGACUCCCUCCUCAGCCUCAACACGACUAUUGAAGAUGUCUCUCUCAUCAGUCCCCCAAACAGUGCAAAAGAAAAGUGGAAACUAACGCUAAGAAAACACGACCCGGUUCGUCAAGUAGAUGUAUGGUGGGAAGACGCCUUCGACGCUGUAGUGUUGGCGAAUGGACAUUACUCCGUUCCCUUCAUCCCCGAAGUCACCGGCCUCGCCGCCUACAUGAAGCUCUUCCCGGGCAGGAUCCAGCACUCCAAAACCUACCGCACGCCGCUCUUAUACACAAACAAGAAAGUGCUAAUAAUCGGCAACUCCGCCUCAGCAAAGGACCUCUCAAUGGACCUCCUCUCCACAGUCGCGCACCCGCUCUACCUCUCGCGACGCUCUGCGUCCCGCUGGGACGGGCCUUCGCCCCCUCGUGGCAUAAUAUGGAAACCGGUAGUCAAGGAAUACCGCAUGGAUGGACGGAUUGUGUUUGAUGACGAGAGUUACGUAGAUGGUGUUGAUACGGUGAUUUAUUGUACCGGCUACCUCCCCUCCUUCCCCUUCUGGGACGCAAAGAACAACGGCCGCGAGAUCUGGGAUUACAAGAAAAACAAGCUUGCGAAGACAUACCUGCAUACCUUUUUCCACGACUUCAAAACGCUGGGGAUUGUAGGCAUGCCGAGGGUGCUUACGUUUAGGAGUUUUGAGUACCAGGCGAUUGCAUUGGCUAGGUUGUGGUCAGGGAGACAAACGAAAGCUUUGCCAGGUUUGGAAGUGCAGGAGGGGUGGGAGGAAGAAAGGGAGAUUUUGGGGAAGAGGCAAGGCAAGAAGUUCCAUGAUAUUGAGUGGGGGACUGGAGAGACGUUGGGCUGGUUAGGAGAGUUGUAUGAGAUUGCGGGCUUGGGAAAGCUGACGGGUGAGGGGAGAACGCCGCCGGUGAUAGGGGAGGAGGUUAGGUGGGCAAUUGAGAAUUUGCGGAAAUAUCCUGAGCCUGGAAAGGAUAAAGAUGAGAAGAGGAAAGGGAAGGUGGAGGGAGAGAGUGUCUCUAGAGAAGAUAGGUUGGAAGGUGGAGAUGCAGAGCAAUGGGUGCUUGUCGGCAGGAGGGCAGAGAAAGACUUGCUCUCAUUCAUAUAGGACAAACUAUUAUUUCACUAGGAG